AUGCAUCACGAGCUGAUUAUCGCCUUUUUUCUUUUGAUCCUGGCACAGCCAGCGGCCGGCGUUGAAGUGAGUUCUUAAGGGAAAUUUAUUCGAAAAAAUAGUUCAAAAACGGUACAGUAGCUCUCUACAAUGACAGUAGCUCUGUAAAAUUGAGAACGGUUGGAAAUUCUAAAACUUAAUUGAAUUUCUUUCGCGGGUACUUCGAAGUUCCCAUUCCUCGCUAAAAACUGUCUCAAGGCUGCUAAAUAUACAGGAAACAUUGGAAAUGUCAAAAAGUGCCGCCAAGAAGAUUUCGUUUCGAGACCUAUAUCAAGCCUAUCAUUUUUCUAGAAGUUCAAAGGCUCCAGAAAGGGGAAAAGGCGGCAAAAAGAGUCAAUAUAGGAUGAUAGGAAAAGCAAGAAUGUUUUGAAAAAUAUAUAAGAUUUUGAGGAAAUUGUUAGAAAACUUUUGAGGAUCCCUAAAGAUCGCGCUAUCAUGGCGUUCAUUAUUGAAAUUAUCAUCAAGCUUCUUAAAAACCGUUCUAAGCAACUUAGGAUUCGUAGAAUGUCGGGAGAAAUGAAAAAUUUCAACUUGAUCAAAAUGAAAAAAGUUCAGACUAUCGAUCCGAAAGGAGACCUUGCCCUGUCGGAGACGCUCUUGGCGAUCGCCGAAAUUGUCAAACAUCAGGACGAAGAUAGAUUGGAUGAAGUUUUCAAGUGGUAUUCUCAGAUCAACUAUCGCGGCACUAUCUACAAAGGAUUGGGUGAACUAAAUUCUGUUCAAAAAAGUUUGAAUCAGGUUGAAAAUUCGUCUAAUUCAAGCGUGGUUUAAUAGAAAGAGCCUUUUCUUCAAAUUUAUCAAAAGAAAACACCUAUAACAUGAGCAAUAAUGAACAAAAUAUAGGAAUUCUACUUUCUGGGUCAUUUUUUGAAGAAAAGAUUCUCGAAGCUCUCCCACGUAGUCCUUUGAACCAUUAUAAAUAAUAAAAGUGAAAAUAUUCAUUUUCUGGAAAUAAAAAGAUCCAAGACUUCCUUACAUGAUGAGAAAGAUUCUGGGCCUAUCUAAAGUCUCUAAUUCUCUAAUCUCUCCCUUCUUUUUAUCCUCUCUAGCUCAAGCCAAAGUCACAAAGGUCGGGCGCAAAAAAGUGAAACGUCAACCUCAAAUUUCAGCCCAAAUCCACGCCUGGUAUAGGAAAUUGAUCUACGAGGAUAGGAUCACCGAUGUUGUGGUGAUUGAUUUUUCGAUUAAUUUGUGAAAUCCUGCAUUUUUUUUCAAGUUCAGCGACGUGAGAUUAGUUACAAGAUUGUCGGAGGUUGACGCCAAUGGAUCUGUGAAAAUGGUGGCGAAUCCAGAAGAGAAUACUCUUCAUCUCGAAUUUUCUAUCAAACUUGUUCUCGUGGGUUUUUUAAAAUCUCAUUUUCGGGCUUUUACAGGUUUUUUUCGUUUCGAAAUGAAGCAAAAUAGGUCCAUUUCAAUCUAUCGUAAAAUCUGCCGAGUCGACAAAAAAAAAAUGGACUCUUGAUACCCUAGGAAAAUUUUUAGUGGUCACUAUAGGGUUUUCACUUUUGAAGAGUGGCUGCUUAAGUGACUAAUAUUUAGUCGUCUCUUUAGGAAGCUAUUAGAAGUGGUACUACUAGACCAUUAAAAACUACUUAAGUUGCCACUUUAGUAUUUUACGUUUUAGUGACCACUAUAGUAGUCGAAGAAGCGGCUACUCAAGUGACCAAUAUUCAGUGGUCUCUUUAGAAGUUCAUUAGAUGUAGUACUACUAGACCAUUCAAAACUACUGAAGAGGCCACUUUAGGGUUUUAUCGUUCUAGUGGCCACUAUAGUAGUCUAAGUAGUGGCUACCAAAGUGUUUAGUGGUUUCUUUAGAAGUCUAGUAAAGGUAAUACUAGUGGAGCAUUGAAAACUGCUGUAGUGACCUUAGUGGCUUCUAUAGAGCUGAUUUGAGUGGCCCCUUUAGGGUCUUCUCCUUGAGGAACCUCUUAAGGCACCGCUAGAGUUUUUCCCCAGCCCACUCCGCUGUGAUUUUUUUAAAUGAAAAAAAAGCAUUUUCUCUAAUAUAUUUUCCAUUGAAAUUCUUUCCAUCCAAUUUAAAAACUUUUAAUAUUUUCCUUUUCCAGAACGAGGACUACAUUUAUGUGGUGGAAAACUUGGGAUUGACCAACCUCCCGUAG